GAAAACUAGCAGUAGCUGGAAGCUGCAGGCUAGAAGUAAGGUAGCAGGGCUGCAUUCAGCUCACGUUGAUUUUGAACUUAAAGAGAGCUAGCACUCUCCAGGAAUACAUCUGCAGAUUUCUUUGAGGUCCUGCCUCAAGAGGAAGAACUAAUAUACCCUAAGCUUUCAGCAAAGGGCUUGUAUAAUGUAUAAACUGCAAGGAACCUGCUGGAAUCCUGAAUCAGAAGAAGGGCAGCUAUCAGACAGCAAAAAUGCUACUCAGGGCUGUCUUAAUGGUGUUCCUAAUUCUACAUCAGAAGAGCAGUUGCUGGAUACCGCAUUUGAAGCAUGUGAUACAGAGGGGAGAGGAGAAGUAACAGUGUUUCAGAUCAUUGACUACUUGAAGAGCGUAACAGAUCAACCUUGUGAUGGAGACCGACUCCAGCACCUUUGUAAGAUGCUGGAUCCUGAAGAGCAGGGAAGGUCCCUAGAUUUGCCAACCUUCCGUAAAGUCAUGAGUGAGUGGAUUGCCAGCUGCUGCAGUGACAGUGAUAUUACUGAAACAGUGGAAAAUAUAAAAUCCGAGAAAGGCUCAUCUUUACCAUGUGGUGUACUUGAGAGAGAAGCAGAGCAUGAAGGGUAUGGCGGCGAUGUAAAUAAAUUUAUGGGAGAACAUGCUGAUUUCAUCAGCAAAAUCAGAGACCUUAGCUUUGCCAACAAGAAGCUGAUGGAUCAGAAAAUGAAGCUGCAGAAGAGCUUAGAAACAGCAGAUGAAACAAACUCUCACUUACUAGAGGAAAUAUCUGAAGUGAAGAGCAAACUGAAAAUUUCCCAGCAGGCAGUGAAUCAUUCAAGAUCUUUAAGCAAUGAAUUGGAAGACCUGAAAGCUUAUACCAAGACUCUGGAAGACAAAAUUGCUGCCUUUGGAUCACAGAAGGAAGAACUGGAGAAGGACAAUUUGUCACUUUGCAAUCAAAGACAGAUGCUUCAGGAAGAGAUGUAUAAUCUGCUUAUCGACAAAGAAAACUUAAAGGGGAAUAUUGAUAGCCUUAGUGCUGAAAAGGACAAUAUGGGGCUCCAGAUCUGUGAAUAUGAAAGUCUUAUCUCACAGAAGGAAAUGCUUCUGGAAGAAGAAAAGGUUAAGUCACAGCAACUUCGCAGCAUUGUAGAUGAACAUAGACUUCAGGUUCAGGUGCUUCAAAGAGAAAAGAGACUAUUACAUGAACAGCUGUUACAGCCAAACAAAGAAAACAUGCCCUUGAAUCAAAGUGUUUCAGUAAAACAACUGCCCCUGCCAGUACAGUCGGUACAUAGGGAGCUGGAGGAGAUACAAGAGCAGAAGAUCAGAGUGAAGAGUGAGCUCCUAAGCCCAAUAUGUGGGAUACCUCAAGCCUCAGGCUCCAAUGUGCUCUGCCCCAUACAGGACACUGACAUGACAUCUGAUGAUGCCUGGGCUGUAACUGAAUUACUGCUUGUUCAGCUUAAACAGGGCACCGAGGCUCUUAUUAGGUCCGUUCAUGAAAUGACUUCAUCUGAUCAGUCAGUCUCAUAUCUGUAUGAGCAGAGCGGCCACUUCCUGCUAGAACUGAACUACCUGCUUGAGCUGAAGAAUGUGUGGGAAAGGCAGUGGGGCAGGUUGGGCAGAGCCGUGCAACUGUACACAGGGAAGGAGGCCAAGGAACCAGACAGUGAGGAGCUCCCUGCUACUGAAUGGUUAUGCACUGAUACUCUGCACACUUCCAUAGUGCCCUGCAUACAACUGCAGAACAAGAGCUCACUAUGGCUAACCCUGAUCCUUCUUGGCACACUGAUGUUUUGCCCAGCGUGGGCAGGGGAGCACAUCUGGACUGUACUGAAAGCAGAGAUAUGGCCUCAUCUAGACUUGCACUACCAUUCUCCACCACCGGUUUGAAAGAGGUGCCAACACCACACAGCUACUAGCCAAUGAUAAAGAAGAGAGCAAAAGCAGCAUUUUAUCUUUAUAUUUCUGUUAUUUUAACAUCUUAGUUAUCUUUAUCUUC